CCUGUUAUAAAACUGAAAUCCUUCUGAUACAAGUUUACCGUUCCUACUCUCCUAGUAAAGCUUCUAUAAAAGGAGAGAAUAGAAUGAAUGGAAGACUUAGAACUCUAGAGAAGAAUAAGAACACCAUCUUCUUCACCUCAAAACAAUGUCAAGUGCUUCUUUUCUCUUGGCCAUGUUGUUGGUGGCUAUGUCCAUUAUUCCCUCCAUAGUAGGGGCAAUAGGUGAGCAGCGUGUAAGGUGGGUGCCUAAGACAACAGCACCUUGCCAAGGCUCCAUAGAAGAGUGCAUGGAAGAGGGUGAGUUUGGAAUGGACUCAGAGUCCCACCGGCGCAUUCUAGCUACUUCACAGUAUAUAAGCUACAAGGCGCUGCAACGUAACACUGUGCCAUGUUCUAGAAGGGGUGCUUCCUACUACAACUGCAAGCCAGGUGCAGAAGCUAAUCCUUACACCCGUGGCUGCCCCACCAUCACCCGUUGCCGAAAUUCUUAGAUCAAUUACAACUUUCUGCAUGUUUGAGUUCAUGUUCUUCACACUCAACAAUGUUUGCAAAAGGGUUGGAACUGUAUUAGAAUAACUGUCACAACAAUUUGAAUGAACAGCAACUCAAACAUGCACUUGCUAUGUUUUACUCUGAAUUCUGUAUUAGUCUCUGUUUCUGUAAUUUUCUGUAAAUUAAUCUUCACUGGUGUGGCUACUGUUAAUAUAGUUGUGUGUGUGUUUUUUUUC